AUGCCAUUAAGCCAGCAAGAAGACUUUGUGAAGGGGGAUUCCUCACCGACUACCACAGCUCUCCAAUCCGACGCCAGCCCCGGCUCCCCGGCCAAAAUGUGCAGUGAAUGUUAUGUGAAUCAGACAUUUGUCAACGAUGAUGGGACCGUGAACGUCCACAAGCCUCGCUCUUCUUCAGCUCAGUCCCAGAGAAACAGUGGGGUCAUUCUGAACAUUUCCAGCCUAAAGAUGGAGCAGGCAGAAAGUGAGGUGCCACCGCUGCCACCCAGGUUUCGCUUCAGAGAUCUCCUCCUUGGAGACCAAAGCUUCCAGAAUGAUGACAGGGUUCAGGUGGAAUUUUAUGUGAAUGAAAACACAUUUAAGGAGCGUUUAAAAUUGUUCUUCAUUAAAAACCAAAGAUCAAGUCUGAGGAUUCGUGUUUUCAACUUCUGUCUGAAGCUGCUCACAUGUCUGCUGUACAUAAUUAGAGUGAUGACAGACAACCCUGUUCAGAGUGGCCACAGCAGCCACAGUGGCACACAAACAGGCACUGCCAGCACCAACACAAAAUGUGUUGACUGUCUGUCUAAUGCAUCCAUUCAAGAUAGCGCAAUCAACUGGGAGCUGAUCUUUUGGGUGGAUAGGAAAGUGGCUGUCUGGGCCAUACAAGUGAUUGUGGCCAUCAUCAGUUUUCUGGAGACAAUGUUGUUGAUGUAUUUGAGUUACAAGGGAAACAUUUGGGAGCAGAUAUUUCAAGUGUCCUUCGUCUUGGAGAUGAUCAACACGGUCCCUUUUAUUAUCACGAUAUUCUGGCCUUCUCUAAGGAACAUCUUCAUCCCUGUGUUUCUUAAUUGCUGGUUGGCCAAAUGUGCUUUGGAAAACAUGAUUAAUGAUGUUCACAGAGCAAUUCAGAGGACAAACUCAGCCAUGUUUAACCAGGUCCUUAUACUCAUCUGCACAUUGCUCUGCCUUGUCUUCACUGGUACAUGUGGAAUCCAGCACUUGGAGCGAGCUGGAAAAAAUCUCUCUCUCUUCAAUUCCUUCUACUUCUGUAUUGUUACCUUCUCCACCGUGGGCUUUGGAGAUGUCACUCCCCGCAUUUGGCCAUCUCAGCUACUUGUAGUCAUCAUGAUCUGCGUGGCACUGGUAGUUCUCCCUCUGCAGUUUGAAGAGUUAAUCUAUCUGUGGAUGGAGAGACAAAAAUCUGGAGGAAAUUACAGCCGCCACCGAGCGCAGACCGAGAAACAUGUGGUGUUGUGUGUCAGUUCGCUUAAGAUUGAUUUACUCAUGGACUUCCUUAAUGAGUUCUAUGCUCAUCCCAGACUACAGGAUUACUACGUGGUGAUUCUGUGCCCAAGUGAGAUGGACCUCCAGGUGCGAAGGGUACUGCAGAUUCCUUUGUGGUCACAGCGAGUGAUUUACUUACAAGGAUCUGUCCUCAAGGACCAGGAUCUGCUUAGAGCCAAAAUGGAUGAUGCUGAAGCCUGCUUUAUUCUCAGCAGUCGUAACGAGGUGGAUCGCACUGCAGCUGAUCAUCAGACAAUACUGAGGGCUUGGGCAGUCAAAGACUUUGCUCCAAACUGUCCACUCUACGUCCAAAUUCUCAAACCAGAAAAUAAGUUUCAUGUUAAGUUUGCAGAUCAUGUUGUGUGUGAAGAAGAAUUCAAAUAUGCCAUGUUGGCCCUAAACUGCAUAUGCCCAGCCACCUCCACUUUGGUCACUCUGCUUGUACAUACUUCACGUGGACGAGAAGGACAACAGUCCCCUGAGCAGUGGCAGAGGAUGUAUGGAUGUUGUUCUGGCAAUGAGGUCUACCAUAUCCGACUGUGUGACAGCAAGUUUUUUGGAGAGUACAAUGGCAAAAGCUUCACAUAUGCAUCAUUUCAUGCUCAUAAAAAGUAUGGGGUGUGCCUGAUUGGGAUUAAACAAGAAGACAAUAAGAGCAUCCUGUUAAAUCCAGGUCCACGCCACAUCAUGGCUGCCACAGACACGUGUUACUACAUUAAUAUCACCAAAGAGGAAAACUCUGCAUUCAUCUUCAAUCAGGAGGAAAAGAAAGGCAGAUCUAUCGGGGGACUUUAUGAUGGACCUGCACAACUUCCUGUUCACAGUAUCAUUGCAAGCAUGGGCACAGUUGCAAUGGAUCUUCAGAACACAAGUCCACCCACAGGUGGUAGCCUUGUCCCACCGCCUACUGUAAAUGGCACAGGGGGGCGACGGCCAAGCAUUGCACCGGUUCAAGAAAUUGCAGAUUCCUCUACAAUUUUGCCCUGUGACCUUCUUAGUGAUCAGUCUGAAGAUGACUCCGUUUUCCCUGAUGAGAAAGACCAAGAGCAGGGGCAGUAUGUGAAAGGUUAUCCACCUAACUCACCAUACAUUGGCAGCUCGCCCACAUUAUGCCAUUUGUUAGCAGAGAAAGCCCCGUUUUGCUGUCUACGACUAGAUCAGGGAUGCCGACACAACAGUUUUGAGGACGCCAAGGCAUAUGGGUUUAAAAACAAGCUCAUCAUUGUAUCUGCUGAAACUGCUGGGAAUGGUCUUUAUAACUUUAUAGUGCCUCUCAGAGCUUAUUAUAGACCAAGAAAAGAGCUCAACCCCAUUGUCUUGUUACUGGAUAAUCCGCCAGAUAAUCACUUUCUAGAGGCUAUCUGCUGUUUUCCAAUGGUUUAUUACAUGGCGGGGUCAAUAGACAAUUUGGACAGCUUGUUGCAGUGUGGAAUCAUCUAUGCUGACAAUUUGGUUGUGGUGGAUAAGGAAAGCACCAUGAGUGCAGAGGAAGACUACAUGGCUGAUGCCAAAACUAUCGUUAAUGUACAGACAAUGUUUAGGCUGUUUCCCAGUCUAAGUAUCAUCACAGAGCUUACUCAUCCAUCCAACAUGAGGUUUAUGCAGUUCAGAGCUAAAGACUGCUAUUCUCUUGCACUCUCCAAAUUGGAAAAGAAAGAGCGUGAUAAAGGCUCUAAUCUGGCCUUCAUGUUUCGCCUUCCAUUUGCUGCAGGGAGAGUGUUCAGCAUCAGCAUGUUGGACACACUGCUGUAUCAGUCUUUUGUGAAGGACUAUAUGAUACUUAUUGCCAGGUUGCUCUUAGGAUUAGACACCACUCCUGGAUCAGGAUAUCUCUGUGCUAUGAAAGUUACAGAGGAGGAUAUAUGGAUUGGAACAUAUGGCAGGUUGUUUCAGAAACUUUGCUCUUCUAGUGCUGAAAUUCCAAUUGGAAUCUAUCGAACAGAAUCACACAUUUUCUCUGCAGCAGAGUCUCAAGUGUCAAUGAGUGUAGACGACUGUGAGGACACUAAAGACAGAGGUUGUGAACUUCGAAGUGUUGAACAAGCAGAUCAUCCACUGAAGAGGAAAAAAAGCAUGCAAUGGGCACGGCGUCUGAGCAGACGAAGCAGCAGGUGGCAGAGUGUUAGUCGUGAUUCAACCAAGGACCAUGCCCAGCGCAUUGCCCAGCAGCGGCUGAACCUGUACAGGCGAUCUGAACGAGAGGAGCUCUCUGAACUAGUCCGCAACAGAAUGAAGCAUCUGGGAUUGCCCACAUCUGGAUAUGAAGAUCUAACCAAUCUGACUGCCAGUGAUGUCAUGAACAGAGUUAAUCUGGGUUAUCUACAAGAUGAGCAGAAUGAUCAGCAGAACACCUUAUCUUAUGUUUUGAUAAACCCUUCACCAGACACUAGGCUGGAGCUUAAUGACAUUGUCUACUUGAUCCGGUCAGACCCUCUGGCCCAUGUGCCUGAGGAGCCUCCCCUCCACAGCAGCAGCCUCAAAGACCGUCGUGAGUUCAGCUACGACAACAAGGAGGACACCCAGCUCUGAAUACACAGGGGUCAUCCUCAUCACCUCGUGUGAACCCUUACUUAACCUCAAAGACAAUCAGUGCUUUGUACAGCAGUGCCAUUCUCUAAAGUUAACCAGUGCCUCUGCAUCUGUGGGUAAUAUUGUACAUAGUAACAUUACUUUUAAGCCUUUAGUAACAGUAACUUAUGUUUGAGCAAUUAGAAAUGGUUCAGAUUUUGGUCUUAGAUUUGUCAUAGUUUUUAAAUGGGUUGUGCCAGAAUUUUAGUGUGUGGCAUUAAAGGUACAAUAGUAACACACCUCACAGUGUUGUUGAGUUAAACAAGUUUCUUGAUAUUUCAGCCACUGUUUUCAGAUUAUUUAUAAUUAAUGUUUAUAAAAUAUAAGUAAAUUGCAGUUUAAAUUGUUAGUUGAUUAUGUUAAGAUGAAGUCAAGACUAAUCUUCAGUUAUAAACUCAAGAUUUUUACAUCAAGUUUAGAUGUAUUGUAUUAUAUUUUUACAUUCACACUACUGUUG